UCCCCCCCUGCUUGUAUCCCAAAAGUAAGUUUGCAAGAACGUCUAUAAAACUGCAAAAUGGCAACUGUCGAAGUCAAAGUAAAAAGGGCCAAUAAAAUUUAUCAUGCAGAGGAAAAAGUUCAUGGUGUUAUUAUAGUGCAGAGCAAGACAGAUCUUUCUCACAAUGGUAUUGGCUUAACCAUGGAUGGUGUUGUUAAUUUGCAACUGAGCUCUAAAAGUUUUGGAGUUUUUGAAGCAUUUUAUAAUUCAAUCAAGCCCAUUACAAUGGUCAACCAAGUUGUGGAGAUCCAAAAGAUGGGAAAAUUGCCUGCUGGGAAGACAGAAUUGCUUGAGAUUCCAUUGACAGGAAAAGCAAACAAACAAUUGUAUGAAACCUAUCAUGGUGUGUUUGUUAAUAUACAGUAUUCUCUUCGUUGUGAAAUCAAACGACCCAUGCUCAGCAAAGACUUAUUGGCUUCAUGUGAAUUUAUUGUAGAGUACAAAAAGGAUAACUUUCCAAACCAGAUCAGUUCUUUGAAACCUUUGCAGUUCAAAAUCACCCCAGAAUCUUUGGAGAAUGUUAAAGAGAAAUCCAAAGUUCCCAAUUUCUUGAUAAAAGGAAAAUUAGAUUCAUCAAGUUGUUGUAUUACAAAGCCUUUCACAGGCGAGAUCACUGUGGUCAACUCCGAACUACCAAUUAAAUCCAUUGAGUUACAGCUUGUAAGAGUGGAAACCUGUGGUUGUGCCGAGGGAUAUUCUAAAGAUGCCACAGAAAUUCAAAAUAUUCAGGUUGGCGAAGGAAAUGUGUGUCCAAAACUCCCCCUACCCAUCUACAUGAUUUUUCCAAGGUUAUUUACUUGUCCAUCCAUCGCUACACCAAAUUUCAAAAUUGAAUUUGAAGUGAAUAUUGUUGUUGUGUUCAAUGAUGAUUAUUUGAUAACAGAGAAUUUCCCAAUUACAUUGACAAGAUUUUAAGUCCAAGAAUUGAGAUGAACAUGUUUCCACAAAAUCCAGCAUUAAUUUUGAAAGAUAUCGAUUAUUUUAUGAUAUGUAUGGUGUAAUAUAAAACAGUAUUAACAUGUUAAUUGAUUGGGCUCGAGAUGAAUAUGAGAAAUUCGCGCGAGAAUUUUGAUUUGCUUCUAUUCAUGAAGAUAUAUGUUAUAGAAAGCAUACUUUUCAUCUUCACUAUCGUCUUGUCUGUUUAUAUCUUCUUUUCUAUUCUAUUAGUUAAUUAUAUUUGAAAAUUAAAAUUUUAAUGCUUCAUUCGUUCUAGAGGUAAUUUUGAAAAAUCAAAGUAAGAAAAAAUAAAGAAAAAUACAGCCGAAGAUUCGUAGUCAUAAACAUAUAUCUUCCUUCGGGCAAAUCAAUCUCAGCCUAAAUUAUCUUUUGUUAGUUUAAUUUACAUUCUUUUAAAACAAGGAAAUUGAGGCCUUGAAGGUAUUGCCUGUUAACAUUAAUAUUGUUUUUAUAGUUUGUUAAACUAUGUACAGGCGUUAGACUAAUUAUUUUUGAGUUAUUGCAAAUCGUUAGAAUUUGAUAAAAAAUUGAAAAAUUUCUACAUAUAUUUCUACAUGCUCGUUGUUAUUAUACGUACUAAAUAGGAUUUUUAAAUAACGAAAUAAUCUAUUAUUUAAUACUAAAUAAAUCUUUCACAAACGA